AUGAAGUUCACGGCCAUACUCAUCGCCCUGUGCGUGCUGAUUGCUGCUGCGUCCGCCACAUUCGUUCUCGGUUACGGCGUUAAUGGAUACGCUGGGCUCGGCUACGGACUCGGAUCUUACGGAGGCUAUGGCGGCUAUGGCGGCUCCGGCGGCUACGGCGGCUACGGCAGCUACAGCAGCUACGGUGGUUACGGUGGCUAUCCCAGCUAUGUGAUCUACCCUUCUUAUGGAGGUUACCGACGAUACCUUGGAUAUGGAUACUACGGCUAA